AUAAAUGAUGGCAUUAGAACUCUUACAUCAGUAACAGAAGGUGAGGCUUUAACAACUCUAUAGGAUAGAUCUAUUUACCUAGUUAAGGUGCAGUUUGCAAUUUGAAACUAAUAUAAAUGUUUUGACCUGCCUUAGGCUUUUUGACAAGUUUUAGUCAAAUCACUAAUUUCUGCUCCAAAUUUUUAUCUUUAUAUUAGUGGUCUAUGCUUCUGAACUUCAGACAGAUAAAACGAUUUGGGAAAUGCACUAAGAUGAUUAGACUAUUUGUAAUAUUGUGUAAAGUUUGAGGGUGUUAUGUCUUGGUUUAGGAACUUUGCAUGCAAAGAGCCAUUGACAUCUCUCAGACUUUAGGUUUACAAUUUUGUGCACUCCUUCUGCAAAAGCAAUCCAUUGAAAUACCUAAAAGAAAAUUAGGCAGUGCCAGAAAUCCUGAGGCUUUUACAUAUUUUUCCUGACCAAAAAAAUGGUCAAUUAUCUUUCAAAUUUUAAAUAUAGUUUUCCCCUUCCCAAAUGUCACUAAUAUGAUAAUAUUUUGCUUGAACGUUAUUCUUGCUCUACUUUAUACUUUAAACUGCUCCUUACAAUUCACAACCAUAAAAUUAUUUUAAAUGAUUUUCCUGAUUAUUGUAAACUUGAUUCUUUAAUUCUCACCAUUUCACUAUGUUAUUACUUAAUUUUCAUUCACUUUAUAACAUCAGAAGCUGCUUUUUUUUCAGUUGUGCACAAGUACACAUAAACAUACAUACAUGUAUAUUCUACUCAGGUUUCAGCAGAAAGAAUACCACUGAUGUGAGAAACUAGGGGAGCAAUUAAUCCAAUGCCCCCAAAUAGGAAGAGUACAAGAAUAACUAAAUGCAAACAUUAUGUAAAUCUGUACCUACAAAUGAGAAAUAGGAUUAUUACAAUAAUGAUGAAUAGAUAUUCUACAACUUAGGAAGGAAUACAACUUUGUGUUAAAAACCAGGAUGAUCUCUGUACUCACUGUCCAGAUGUUCUCAGUAGGAACUUAAAAACUUGCUGUUUGGGAAGUUUAAUAUGAACCAGAUAUUUAAUAACAAUACAGUUCUAUAUUUUUAUUGUUGAAGCUCAACAACUAAGUGCUUUAUAAAAACUCUAAGUGAGAUCAGCCCUUUCUACAGAUUUAUAAUCUAAUAAAAUAUAUAUUAGGGACGAGAAUUUGAAAAGAGAGGCUAAUCAGUGGCUUCUCAGCAUCUUCACUUGUUACAUUAUUCUUAUUUUUUUCUCCCUACAUCUUUUCUUUUACACAGCAGGAAAAAUUGUCUUUCAUCUCCCUUUUUUAUGCCUUUGUCUUUUAUAUAUUUCUUUUAAGGAAAACUUUGAUAAAAUGUGUCUGCUUAUAUUUAUAUAUGAAUGUGCAAAUUCACACCCUAAUAUCAAACAAAGGCAAGGUCUGCUAAAAGCUAUUAAACAGGAUUGCUCUGGGGAAACUGCUUGCAAUUUUGAGAUUACUCCACCUUAUGCACACACCCAUGUAUUAACCAAAGCAGAACUCUGCUGGAGUGCAUGUUAAACAACGUCAGAAAGGCAUUGCUGAACAGUGGCAUUCACUGUCUUCUAAAGACAAGCAAAGAUAAAGGCAGGAAAUAAGCAAUACAAUAUACUUAGCAUACUUUGCAUUUCCUUGGAAUCUCUCAGAUUUGUCAAAUGGAUUUAUCGGCUGAUAAUCAUUCCACCAAGAGAAGGAGGGUACGAGUGCAAUAAGCCCAUCACAACACCAGGUGUCUUUUCACUCACUCCAGCUUCUUCUGAGAAUCAGAGGGCUAAUCAGGAUUGACAUCCCAGAUUUCUUCUUGUCAGUGGCAUGAAGAAUAAAGAUGCAGCGAAGAAAGUCCAGAGAAGAUGACAGCUUGAUUACAGAAGAACAUGAUCUCAAAGAAGCCAAUUAUGGGAGCUUAAAGAAGAAUCCUGAGUCAAAAAUAAAGGAGUAUAUUUAUGAAACCCUGGCCUUUGGGCCUGAGAAGAUUGUAAAGUUGUCCAGUUAUGAAAGCCUAGGGGGUGGCUCUGAACAUAACUCAAAGGAUGCUAACCAGUCCAAGCAGAAGAAUGUGGAGGGUUCCACAACCUCUCUUAAAGUCCCACAGAAGAAUAAGGGCUGCCUUGUAAACAGCACUGCAAACUUCUUCAGUGAUGAAAAGACCAGGAUAGACUUUAUCCUUGUAUGGGAAUCAGAUUGCCAGAAUCCAGAGGGCCAAAAUGAAGAGAAAGGCAAUCCAAAAUCCAAACAAAAGAGAUCAAUUGAAAUGCACAAAGAAUGGCGGGAGAAAUUUCUGCAUAAGCUCCAGAUGAAGGGGAUCAGUAUUGAAAAGCAUGCAGCCCAACAUACAAAGAAAGUGGUCCACUAUAUAUUGUUGAGUGCUCCUUGGAGUGUGCUAUGUUAUUACGCUGAGGACCUCAGGCUGAGAGUUCCCUUGCAGGCUAUGCCCAUUGACCCUGAAGUCAACUGGUCUCACAGGAUUCUGAUGAAACUGGGCAUCCCUAAUUUACUCUAUGAUGACGUUCCUGACAUUCCCUUGGAUAACUACACCUGUCAUUUUAAAGCAAACAAGUUACGCUGGUUCCGUGGGAGUGAUGACCAUGAGACCUUCUUCAGUAGUACACAACGGCAUAGAAUACUGUAUGAGAUCCUGUCUACUAUAUCAUAUGGCAAUCCAAAUGCAGGGCAGGUUGGAAUAGAAAGGCUGCUGAAUGAGGAAGUCUUCACAGCAGCAUUUCCACUACAUGACGGCCCAUACAAGAUGUCAUCAGAAGAAGAGCCCACUAGUCUACUUAAUCAGAGGCAGAUUCUUUUCCAUUAUUGGGCCAAGUGGAGUAAAUGGAAAAAAUACCAGCCUUUGAAUCAUAUCCGCAGGUACUUUGGAGAGAAGAUUGCUCUCUACUUUGCCUGGCUUGGUUUCUACACAGCAUGGCUUCUUCCAGCAGCUGUAGUGGGGACACUAGUCUUCAUAAUUGGCAUUUUUCUGAUGUUUCAUGACAUUCCAACACAGGAGAUCUGUUCCAGUGGUGACAAAUAUAAGAUGUGUCCACUUUGCAAAGUCUGCCCUUAUUGGAAUCUAUCUUCUGUCUGCCCCAUGUUUCAGGCUGGCCGUCUCUUUGAUCAUGGUGGCACUGUUUUCUUUAGCAUCUUCAUGUCUCUGUGGGCAGUCACAUUUCUUGAGUAUUGGAAGCGAAUGAAUGCUACCCUGACAUACCGCUGGGACUGUUCAGAUUUUGAGGAUAUUGAGGAACGUCCACGACCCCAGUUUGCUGCUUUGGCUCCCAUGACAAUUGUAAACCCAAUUACUGGAGAGGAGGAGCCCUAUUUCCCAAAGCGGACUCGAUUCAACAGAAUCAUCACUGGAUCAAUGGUCAUCAUCAUUAUGAUUGCUGUGGUAAUAAUAUUCCUGAUUUCCAUUAUCCUUUACCGGGCCAUCAUUUCAGUAAUUGUAUCCAGGUCUGGGAACGUCCUACUUGUAUCUUCGGCUUCUCGUAUUGCCAGCCUGACAGGCUCAGUAGUGAAUCUCCUUUUCAUCCUCCUCCUCUCGAAAAUUUACAUUGCGCUGGCACUUUUUCUUACAAAGUGGGAAAUGCAUCGCACUCAGACCACAUUUGAAGAUGCCUUCACUUUUAAAGUCUUUAUCUUUGAAUUCAUCAAUUUCUAUUCAUCUCCCAUCUACAUUGCUUUCUUUAAGGGCAGGUUUGUUGGUUAUCCAGGCCACUAUGACAAAUUAUUGGGCAUACGCAAUGAGGAUUGUGCUCCAGGUGGCUGCCUCAUUGAACUUGCUCAGGAACUUCUUGUCAUCAUGGUAGGAAAGCAAGUAAUUAAUAACAUUCAAGAAAUCCUUAUCCCGAAGAUGAAAACAUGGUGGCAUAAGCAAGAUCUUUCUGAAAGCAAUAAGGCAGGCCAAGACAACUUCAUGAAGCAACUCUGGGAGAGCGAUUAUAAACUGCUGCCCUAUGAUGGGCUCUUUGCUGAAUAUCUGGAAAUGGUUCUGCAGUUUGGCUUCAUUACAAUCUUUGUUGCUGCCUGCCCUCUGGCCCCUCUUUUUGCUUUACUGAACAACUGGGCGGAAAUUCGUUUGGAUGCUCAGAAGUUUGUUUGUGAAUAUCGACGUCCAGUUGCAGAGCGGGCCCAAGGCAUUGGCAUCUGGUUUCAUAUCCUGGAGGUCAUCACACACUUUGCAGUUAUUAGCAAUGCCUUCCUGAUUGCCUUCACUUCUGACUUUCUUCCUCGACUCUAUUACCAGUACACUCGUGCUAGCAAUCUACAGGGCUACAUUGACUUCACCCUGGCCUACGCCCCUAAAUCUUUUGACUUGAACAACAAUGCCACAUGCAGGUACCGAGCCUAUAGAGAACAAAAUGGCAGAUAUUCACUACCUUAUUGGAAUCUACUGGCAAUCCGACUUGGCUUCAUCAUUGUAUUUGAGCAUGUAGUUUUCUUCAUUGCACGUAUGAUUGAUAUGAUGGUACCUGACAUCCCAGAAGCAGUGGCAAUAAAAGUAAAGCGAGAACAGUACCUUGCUAAACAAGCCUUGGCUGAGAAUAAGGCUCUCAUUGAAGUGAUAGAUGUUGUCAAUCCAACCCAGCCUGGGGAGAAGGUAUCAAAAUAAACAUCUGAAGAUCUGGAAGGAUUUGGCUGAGAUCAGAUAAUCAAGCUUCUACACAAGAGUAACCUUCAUAGAGGAAGUACAAUGUUAGCUGACACAGUAUGGACAUGGAGCUGUUAAUUAUGUAACAUAUUGCAGGUGUAGAAUAUGCCUCACAUCUUUAAACCCUCAGAAAUUUCAUCCAUAUUUACCAAAGUAGUGAUUUCAUGUUUCUUGGAGAAAAACAGUACAGAGAAAAUUACAAGACAUAAAUAAGAAUUUUCAAUCUGUUUCUCUCCUACCACAGAAGUGACUUCUAAAUGUAGUGAAAUUCAACAAGCUGUUUUUUAUGAUAGUAUAGGAAUCUCUGGGUUUAGAGGCAAUCAUUUUCCAAAUAAUAGGAAUCUGCAACACUAGAAUAGCUCAUACUGGUUUGCUUUUUUGAAGCAUAUGCUAAAGUCAUAUGCUAAAGAUUACUGCCAUAUAUAAAGUCAAUUAUAAAAAGAAACUUGCUUUCAGCUAUCCAAAAGGGGGUUUUGCCUACAAAAGCAACAUGGGAUAGUAAUCAUCUUCUUCACAUCCAAGUCUCUUUCAGCUGGAAUAUGUUUCAACAAUAUGCAUGUACCAUGAACUUGUAAUCUUUAUUAUGCUUAAUCAAUAUGCCUGCUGGCAAAAAUUGAAUAAGCAGGUGAAAUAGGUAUAAAUUUGCUUAUUACUAUUUGGAACAAUAGAGAAGCAGGGGUAUAUAUUUUAUUAACAGGAUAGAUAGGAAUUGUAAUUUGGAGUGACUUUUUUUAAAAUAAAAACACACAAAGCUGUUUCAGGUUUUAUUUUUUAGAAUUUAUAAAAUUCCAGUGUCAUCCAUACUCAUGAGCCUUUAUACACAUUUGCAUAUAAUCUCCAAAUUCCAAAGUUAAGGCCAAGGGAUCAUUGCCAUGGAAACGUAAUAUGGAAGACAUUAAGAGAACAUGGAGCACAUCUCCACAGAUCAACUGCUGCACACUACAUGGGACAGAAGAGUGAAGUAUUUUCAACAAUUUGAACAGACGGCAACAUUAGAGCCAUGCUCAAUGGCAGUUAAGCCCAAAACACAUGUGCAAGUGAUGUGUGACAUUCAAACACCAGGUCCCACUGGCAAGGCAUUAAUACUUCUACCCUGUUUUAGACUCCUGCUCAGAUAGUGAUAGGGCUUCUCCUGUCCCAAGUGGAACCAUCCUAGAGAAACAAUUUCUCCUUCUUUCACUUAAGUUUAUUUAAACAGAGAGGGCUUUUUUUCUCUUUUCUACUGGACUAAAAAGCUAGAUGCUUUAUAAACCAUUUCUCAGCAUAUAUUCUGGGACACAAAGGACCUUGGGGAAAGAUACAAAUGGCUCAGAAAAGCUCUUCAGAAGAGAGCAGGAAAGACAGAGAGCAAAGUUGGCAACAGACCCAGCGCUGCCGCCAGCACCUUCAGCAGAAAAGAGAA